GAGCAAAGAGCACCCAUCACAUGGUAACUUUGGUAAGUUGAGUGCAUGUGCUUCCACAUGGUUUUGCUGAGUUUGUAAAAGAGACACUUGGAUGGUGGAUUAACAAGAACACUAAUGUUCUGUGGAAAUUGUCAAAUUGGAGCAUACUGAAUUUUCACCCUAGUCCAGCAGCUCUGCUGCUCACAUAAAUACAGAUGAAUGAAGACCCCAUUCGGAAAGUCACCUGGCCAGCGGUCCAGAGCUGAUGCAGGCCAUGCUGGAGUGUCUGCAAACAUGAUGAAGAAGAGGACAUCCCACAAAAAACAUCGGAGCAGUGUGGGGCCAAGCAAACCUGUGUCCCAACCCCGGCGGAACAUCGUAGGCUGCAGGAUCCAGCAUGGGUGGAGAGAGGGCAACGGCCCUGUCACUCAGUGGAAGGGGACUGUCCUGGACCAGGUGCCCGUAAAUCCUUCUUUGUAUCUUAUAAAGUACGAUGGAUUUGACUGUGUUUAUGGACUAGAACUUAAUAAAGAUGAAAGAGUUUCUGCACUCGAAGUCCUCCCCGAUAGAGUUGCGACAUCUCGAAUCAGCGAUGCACACUUAGCAGACACGAUGAUCGGUAAAGCAGUGGAGCAUAUGUUCGAGACAGAGGAUGGCUCUAAAGAUGAAUGGAGGGGAAUGGUCUUAGCACGGGCACCUGUCAUGAACACAUGGUUUUACAUCACUUACGAGAAAGACCCUGUCUUGUACAUGUACCAGCUCCUAGAUGAUUACAAAGAGGGCGACCUUCGCAUCAUGCCCGAUUCUAAUGAUUCACCUCCAGCAGAAAGGGAACCAGGAGAAGUUGUGGACAGCCUGGUAGGCAAACAAGUGGAAUAUGCCAAAGAAGAUGGCUCAAAAAGGACUGGCAUGGUCAUUCAUCAAGUAGAAGCCAAACCAUCCGUCUAUUUCAUCAAGUUUGAUGAUGAUUUCCAUAUUUAUGUCUACGAUUUGGUGAAAACAUCCUAGAUGUCAUCGUGAACUUUGCCAAAUUUGUGGAACUAUUAAAUGUAUAAUUUGUAGACAUAAAGACUUGAUUGCUUUCCAGUUUAAUGAAAGCUUAAAUGUCUCUGCGAACCCACAAUCUCUGCCAGCAGAACUGGUUUUGUUCUGAAUAGUACAGAUUGAUGUGAACACAAAGCUUUUUGUGUAAGGAGAACUUCUUUGUCUUAUAAGAAGUCUAUCUGUUGGGAGGGGAGUUACAGGCAAGUUUGGUAAAAGUUAAGCUACUAUCAUAGUCAUUUAAAUCUGUAAUAGAUCUUAAUCAUUUCCCCUCUUCACUUUAACACCAUCUUAUUCUGCCACAAUGCAAGCAUAGUUUGAUAUUUUUGUUACUGCCUUUUUUGAGAUAUAUGUAUCCAUAUCUACCUGUUUAUCUAUAUCUGUAUCUGUGUGCCUGUGUAUAUAUAUGCACACACACACACACACAGAGGUACACGUGCACAUACACACCACUGGCAGUCCUUUCCUCAUGGAUUGGGAUGGGGUGAUACAUUUUCUCCAGUUUACCUGGAGUGCUUGACCCAAGUCAGUCAUGCUUAUGAUAUUCUUGCUGUUUAUUUAAAAAUUAAAUUGGGGCACAGCAAGCACAUAAAGAUGUUAAAAAUUAGGAGUUUAGAGCACCUGUUCUAAUCUGGAAGCUUUAAACUGUAAGUCCAAAUAUGAAUUGCUUAUAAACAGUUAAUGACCCGUUUUUGGUAGGCUGGUGAGAAAUCUGGGUAAAAGGCUGCCUUUAAUUUUAAGCUUUGUAAGAUGUUUUGUUUACAUUUUAAUUUUGAGUACUUUUUGCUCAGUUUGGGUCCUUUGGUCACUCGGUAUAAUGUAGGUGUGUCUUGGAUGGCACAUUUGGUCCAUUACUUGUACAAAUGAGUAAUCGGUUUUAGUUCAUGGAUUUAAAAGGCAACAGUACAUGAACGGCUUGUAUGUGUGUGGUGAGUUCUGGAAGAACAGUGCUUUUGUAUUUGAAAUGUAAGUUUAAGAAUGGCAUUGUUGCCUUCUAAUAUGUUCUCUGGGACUGUUUUUUGUUGUUGUUUUUUGCUUCUGUUAUUGCUGGUAUAUGAUUAUGGUCAGAAGGCCUCUUUUCUCCUUCCCUGUCCCUUUCCCCAGCUUUGUCCCACAAAAAACCUCUGGCCGUAUAACAGCUGAUCUCUUGACACCUUUUGUGGUGGUAUAGGAUAUGUUCUUAGCCCAGGCAUGCUGAUAAUGUGGGUUCAUUUCCUCCAGUGGCCCCUGGGGGUUUGCAUGUCAGUAAUGUGUUGUCACAGAAGGCCUAGUCAUCCGUGUUGGCUUGUGGAUGUAAUAGCAGCCCAUCACCACAGAGUCUUUUAAUGGGUUAUUACUGAAAGGUUGUUCAAAACUGAAAUAAACGGCAAGUUGGUUUGACAGCCAGGAGAAAGAUGGCAUGUGAAACCAGUGUCUUGUGGAGGUGGGAAAUCUGACCAGUGGUGUUUGGGCAGAGCCUCAUGGGCAUGCUGUCUACCAACCACCAGAGGUUUGGAUCUGAGGUCCUAGUUAUCUUUGGGGGCUGGUUUUUUUAUGAUAGCAAUCAUUCCAGUUUAGGGCCUCACAAUGUAUGGUUUGUUUGAUGCCCAUUUUUGCCUUCCUGAAGGCUUGUGCCUUGUGCUUUUGGAUGGUAAUGACUGCUCACCACGUGAACGUAGUACAUCCGUUCUCUGUCCCUAGCUGUAGUUGCCCUGUGCCCAGUGCUUCACCAUGGGCAGCUUCACCAAGGGGCAAGCUUCCCAAAACAGCGUGAUGCCCCAGUCAUAGAUGCUUCUUAUGUGUGUGAACAGGUGUCGUCCUGCAGAUCUGCUGUUUCCCUGCAUGUACAUCUCAAAGCAGAGCCUGGCUCCCAGAGCCCAUACUGACAUGUGGCACAAGAUGGUGAGUGUGUCCAGCACGCACAGAGGUGUGCAGAAUGUGGUGCAGUGACUUCAGGCUGGAAAAUAAAGUUCUUUUUAAAGUAUCCCAAGGGUUGGGUCAAUGGAAACAUUUCUAGCAUUACCUAAUGACUUGCAUUGUGGAUUUUCUGCAAGCAACUUUAGCAACUUUAAUAUACCCAUGAUCUCCCAGUCUCUAGAGGAAUGCAACAUGGUGAUGAUUUUAAUCAUUGUUCCAUUUAUUGCCUUUUGAGCUGCGGGAAGGGGGAGGGUUUUUUGUUGUUUUUCCAUAUUUUUUCCCAUUCCUUUUUUUUUUUUUUUCUUGGUGACUUACACCUCACUUAAUGCUGUGACUGAUUCUGCUCCCGAAUCCAUGCGUCCUGGGCUUCAUUUUAGGCUCAUGUUUCAGAUCUGCAUGCACUGCUUGCAUUUUUCUGGUAUCUGAAUGUUGGUUCCUUGUUCUAGGAAUUCAACAUUAAUUUCCAAAAUUAUCAUGGGACUUGUGACAACACAAGACAUGAAUCUAUGUAUAAAAUUUAUUGGCCUUUCUCAUUUACCUGCUCUAGUAUUGUAUCGUGUGUGCGUGCGUGUGUGAUGUCAGGCUGCCACGUAAAACUUUCAGAGAAGAACCUUAAAAGCAGACCAUCCUUUUUUGCAUGCUCUAUUCUAAGUAGAAUGUUCAAUGUAACUAACUAAAUUGCAUGUUAAAGAUAUUUAGGUUUUUUGUUUUCUUUUUUCUUUUUAUUUGUUUUCAGUUUCCUGUAUAUUUGCUUACUGUGCUGUUCUAGUGGUUGUAGGAUAAAAAUGCACUGGUGAAGCAAAUGUAGUGCCAACAGAAGGUGAUUUUCCCGUUGUAUAUGUCAUGCAGCAUUUGAAGGGACUGUGCAUUCUGAAAAAGUCACAGUUACUUCUAAACCAGAUUUCAUUUCUAUUCUUGUUUUAUGUGCCAAAUCCCGAAGUGCAUUGGGCUUGAAUCUCUGAACACUGUAGACCCAUUAGAAGACUGUUCUGAUUGUCACAAAUUGUAGUGCCUGAAAACACUCUUAAGCUGAUUGUCUUAAAAAAUGAAAGUUCUCCAAAGACAAAACAGGAACAAUUAUUCUAACAAAUUGAUGGUCGAAAUGUCUGUGGUUCCUUGGAAAUGCUGCGCUCUCUGUAUUUUCCAUCAUUAGUGCAGUUUGGAUGAAUGUGUAUAGUUCAGAGGUCUUCGUGUUCACAUAUUAAAACUAGGUAAAUGACCUCAUCUUUCGAGCUUGAAUUCAUUUUUAAUUUUAUUUUAUACAAUGUGUAGACAGUUUCCUGUUCUUUGCAUUUAGAAGUAUACACAAUAUAAAUCUGUUAAUUCUGUAAGUAAUUUUUAUAAUUAUGAUGUAUCUCUAUCCUAUCCUUAAAACAUUUAAAAUAAACCCUUUAUGUGCAA